AUGAACAGAAGUAAUGAUGAGCGCCAUCACCACGACCUCGUGCCACGGCAAUCAUCGCUAAUUGAAACGAUCCGUCAAGGCAACAGUGGUGACUUCAAGUGUUUUCAAAACGCAAAUGACGAGGAAAUUCGGCAAAGGGACGAGGACGGAUCGACUCUACUUCACGCCCUUUUGGAGAUCAGUCAUAAGCUAACAGAAACAAACCUUGCAGACGGUGUUCGUCUACUUCUUGCAAGAGGAUUGAGGAUUGACAGUAGAGACGCCUGGGGACGCAACGCGCUUCACAUCGCUGCGAAGUGUCGAGCGCCAGAAGAAGCCCUUACCGAGCUUCUAGCUCAGAAUUCCAGCCACAUGCCGUUUAGUGAAGCAGUCAUUUUGCUACAGUUGCUAGGAGACGACCCGGUAGAUCCCAAGUGUCUUCAACUUCUCUUACAAUCGGGAGGCAAUCUUGAAUCCCAGAUAAACGCUCAAAACGACGUCCGGCCACUCUAUCUCGUCUGCGAACGUCAAGACGCGGCCUCUCUUCUCGCCGUGGUGCGUCAAGAGUGUCCUGACGUGGUCGCACGCCACAAGUUACAGCUACUGAACUACGUUACAACUAAUGGAACCUCUAACGCUCUCAAGGCUCUUUUGAUGACUGAGUUCAAUGAUGACAGCCGGGAAAUGAAAUUGAUGGACCAUCUACUGCUAGAAGCAGCUGCUUCUACAUGCGAAGCGACCGAGAAAGCUGAGGUGCUUGUGUCUUACGGGGCUGACCUAAACAGACUGCCCUCGCUGGGUGGAUGUACUGUUUUUCACGUCGCUGCUAACAAGGGGCUUCCUGCUCUAAUUCAAUUAGCUGUCAACCGUGGCAUGAGUCCCAACAUUUGUGACGACGAUGGAAACACUCCUAUUCACUACGCCGCAGAGUCUGGCAUCGGAGGUGCGGACUGUAUCCGGGUUCUUGUAAGCACCGGCGCCGAAAUCAAUGCGCAAAACAAAAUGGGACGCACGGCAAUGUUUCAAGCGGUCGCAUCCGGGAACGUCACAGCAGCAGUGGAGCUUGUAAAGUAUGGCAGUAAUUUGCCUAAUGUAUAUAUUGCACGAGAAUAUGGGCCAAAGCAGUUGGGCAUUCUAGCUGACAUCCGGGUGGUUAAAUCUUCUCAGAACCCUCUGCUUAUGGCUCUUAGAAUUGGAGGAUUCUUUACGAAAUGUGCUCAAGUGAAUGUUGGAUACAACGAGCAGUACAAUCUCUGGGCACAAAACAUGGAGACUGUGGCAAGGGAAAUGCUCGACUUCAAUGAAUCGGAUGGUAGAAGUGAGCUGCUGAACAACACAAUCAUAUUUACGGCAGUGGAAAACAAACAAAAGCUGUUCCUUGCAGACGGAGUAGUGCAGAAUCACUUAAGAAGAGUCUGGCACGGCCCGGUGCAACGCCAUGGACUCCAGUUCAUUCAAUACUACUUCACUCUGCUUCUGUAUCACCUCUUCAAGAUUGUUGUCUUCCCUGUGCUUCUCUUGUUGUAUUACCUCCCAAAGUACAAACGCCAAGCCUCAUAUUAUGGCUCCAAAUUUCUCUAUAGCACGCCUCCAUCUGUGAGAUAUGGUGUUGAUGCCCUUUGCUAUAUGGGGUUUGUUAUAACUGUAGUCUUUGAAUCGGUCAAUGAUACUGGAAGGAGAAGUAAAUCUCAGCUCGACAAUGUUGAGUACAUUGUCUUGAUCUACACACUUGGGUAUGCUCUCCACGAGACACGACAGAUUAAACGCAAUACUCUGAAAACAUACUUUUCAUCGUGGACCAAUCUCAUCGAUAUUCUCGUUCUGCUAGUAUUUAUGACAUACUUCACUUUACGAUUUAUCGAUUUCUCGUCCAGAGGAUUGCACCAAUCCCAGCGAGAACUAGACAUGCAACGAGCUGGAGCUCUGUUGUUUGCUUUGGCCACUCUUGUUGUUUGUCUUCGAGUCCUGGAUUAUCUCAAAGCAUUCCCAGGCAUUGGCCCAAUUCAGGCAUCAUUCCGUCAAAUCACUCAAGACACAGUCAGCUUUCUCAUCAUCAUAGUUGUCUUCGGUCUAGCAUUUGCUACCAGCAUAUCAGAAGUUUAUACUGCAGGACGAUACAGUGAGAGGUACCAAAAAGUCUUGGACGAUUGCACAAAUGAUUAUUUGGAUACCAAAAUGACAGCACAGAAUUCUUCUGGACCUCCGCCUACUGUUGAAGCUGACUAUGACAAUGACGCCUUUUAUGACUAUGUGUUUGAAUGCGUUGAGAUAAGGUAUACAAAUGGGAGAGCUGAACGAAGUGUUCCAGAGAGCGUUGAUGGAGUGGCAGCCUGCCUGGUGAGUUUGGUGUGGGCCACAUUUGGUAUGAAGAGCCCAGAAGACUUUGAAUCAAAACACAAACCCGAAACAAUCAUUGGGAAGUUUCUACUUGGACUGUGGCUGUUGAUGUCUGUCGUGGUGCUCGUCAACAUGCUCAUUGCUAUUAUAACAACAAGCUUCCAGAGUGUGCAAAACAAUGCUGACUUGGAAUACAAGUUUGCACGAGCAUCCGUGAUUAGAGAAAAAGACACCUUUCCCACGGUUCCACCUCCUCUGAACAUUCCCUAUGUCAUUGCCAGAAUGAUCACCUACCUAAUCCUAUGUGACUGCUUUAAACCGGGGAAAAUCUCAACUGAAGAUAAAUACGAAUUAACGUGCAGUUCUCCUCAGGCAGCAAAAAUGAUAUUGAACUAUAUAAACAGUGAAGAGAAGAAACACGGAAUACAAAAUGCCACAAAAAAUGACGUCAAUCAUUUGGAACAAAAACUGGAUAUAAUGAUGGAGCAGAUGGCUCAACGAGAGGAAGAGAAUGGGCGAAUAGUCAAGAACUUUGACAAGCCGUCUCCUGUUUUGAUGCCACCAUCUGUUGUGAGACCAAGGACUGCCAGUGGAGAGGACAUGACAGCACUGUCUACUGCUUCGUUAAAGAUGCUCACCGACAUCAAGAUUCUGUUUGAAAAUACAAUGACAAGAAUAGAUUCACGAAUGCAGCAGAUGGAAAGCGGUCUGAAACGACUAGAAUCGAGGGUAUACCAAGAUGCGGCCAAUCUGCAUCCGGAUCAUAUAUAGAACAGAAAGACGCACAUCUAAUGUAUGGUUAGCAAGUCACCUAGUUUCAUUCACUGCACAUCUACAGUUUACAUCAACGCUCACUUGCUGUUGACAGUUUUGACUGCACCUAAUAGCGAUUACCACCUUAUCCAGAUAUUAUGCUAGUCUGUAUUGACUUGGGAAACAUUACUGUAUUGAUGCAAUCGUUGUACUACAGUAGUUGCCUUGCAGUCCCUUUGAAUAAUUCCACAAAUUAGUUCGGAGAAAUAAGGCUACAAUUCAGCAGCAACGUGAGUCUUAGUUUAGCAAUGAUUUGUUAGCUUCAAUGACCCAUAAGCCCAAAGAGGCUCAAUUUGAGGUAGAUAUGUGCUGCUUUCUGCUUCAGCUGCUGCUGCAAAAAAGCAGUCUACCGACCCCAAAA